AUGCAUAUUGUUGGUACUUGCUCAGACAUUGAAAAGUCAUUUUUACGAUUGACAAAAGCACCUGAAGCAUGUGAAGUAAGACCUGUUUCUGUUUUAAGAAAUUCACUUAGAAAUGUCAAAGAAAAGUGGAUAGAAAAACAGGAUUAUAGAUAUGCAUGUGAUCAGUUGAAAUCAAUUCGACAAGAUUUAACAGUGCAAGGGGUAAGGGAUAGUUUUACAGUUGAUGUAUAUGAAACUCACGCGCGGAUAGCUUUGGAAAGAGGUGAUCACGAAGAGUUUAACCAAUGUCAAACUCAACUUAAAAUGCUUUAUACGGAGCUACCAUACUGUAGAACCAAUGCAGCUGAAUUUACAGCCUAUAGGAUAUUGUACUAUGUAUUUACUAAAAACACAUUAGAUCUUACAACAAUUUUUCAAUUUCUCUCUAAGGAGGAUAGGGAAAAUGAAUGUAUUAAACAUGCAUUACUUACGCGAUGUGCAUGGGCAACAGGAAAUCUACAUAAAUUUUUCAUGUUGUAUAAGACUGCUCCAUUGAUGGCUGGCUACCUUAUGGACUGGUUCGUGGAAAGGGAGAGGAAGCAAUACCUGAAAUACAUCAUUAAGUCCUACAGGCAGUCAGUUCCUGUGGACUUCAUCAUACGAGAGUUGGCGUUUGAGUCGAGGUCGAAGGCUGUAGAAUUUUUAAACCAAUUUCCAUUAUCGUACACUGGCUGUGAUCAAAAUCAACUAGAUUGCAAAGCCAGCCUCCCAGCUGUUGCAAGUAUU